AUGGCGGCUGCAGCGUCGGACGGGAAUGAGAGCUACCAUGGAAGUUCAACAGAGAGUACUGAAGAGAUUCGACAUCAACCCGUGACUGUAAACAAAUCAACGUCAGUCUUUCUAGCAGGGAUGCAAUGGCUGUUCCUCUCCACGGUACGCAUUCUUCUAUUCAGCCUCUCCCUCGUGUCUUUGGUGUUUGCCAAGCUGAGUUUCACUGCUAUGGCCAGAAAGCUCAUCAAUGGUCCAGUGAAUGGAAGUACUAACGAGACAAACGAUGCCUAUGAGAUAUCACAAACGAGCACAACUGGCAGUUUCUGGCGACUAGUUUUUGUAUUGGUCAUACCCAACAUUUUCUCCCUGAUUCGUUGCAUGUGGUGCGGCCUUAUCAGUCGAACAAACAGAGAAUUUCCAUGGCCCGUCAAGAGAUCUGUAAUCUUGGGACUUUUCACAUCUUUGGCUGAGAGCAUAGCUCUGUGUCUCUUCUCGUUUGUUGUCGCCGUUCGAAUGCCUAAACCGGCGCUGACCAUAAUAGUUAUGGGUGGAGUAUUCAGCGGAACUAUUAUUCACCAAUUGUGGCUGAGAUAUAAAUCAAAUCGUAACCAAGAAUCUCAAAGUGUUCAAGGAAGAAGGCAUUGUUGUCAACAAAGUAUACUAGUUCAGUCACUGUGGAAGAAAAUUAAGACAAAAAUAAAAAAAUUCAUUGAGCACCCAACUUUCUGCACUGCCGCUACUUGGACAGCCCUGCUGUUUCAAGUUGUAGGAAUAGGCAUUCUGUUUAUCAUUAUUAAACAAGUGAACGAUUGGCAAGCUCUGGCGAGUUCACUCGUCGUGUCUCUAGUUUUGCUGUCGUUGGUGUGGUCUCCCUACGUUCAAAAGAACCUGAUCGUUUCGAUCGAUAACCAGAAAACAGCUCGCUGGAAAAACGGAAUUCUGACUAAUUUUUGGAGAAUGUUGUUGAUACCAAUUGUAGCCGUUGUCAUGACGUCUACAGGGAUAGUAGGAAAUAUCGAUCUAGAAUCCGGUUUCAGUGCGGCGUGGAAGUUGUCAGAAGACACGCCAUUUUUAGUAAACAUUUUUACGACUCUGGGAGCUUACUUGACUACAUGGCUCGCUUGCACGGUAAAUAUGGAUUUUGUUGGAUUUGUUCUUCCACUCUUGCUGACGACGCCUGCCGCUGUCACCAUUUCCCUUGGCAUUUGUGACUCUAACAAUGAUUUUUCAAACUACCUAGUGUGUGAACACCCUGCCUCUAGAGAAAACGAUUACGUUUAUGUCGUUUAUUCUAUUUCCAUGCUGUUAUUGUGGAUUUCACAAAUAAUCGGCUGUGUUUUCUAUGUUGCACGCACGAAGCUCAUUCCCCUCAUCAAGGAGCAAGACUUGUUCAUUCAGUCGUACUAUAACUGUCCUUUCACUGACCAAAGCUUAAUGCUCAACCGAAAAAUAGAAGUCGACGAACGAAAAGUUAGAAAUCCCGUUCGAGAAGCCCUCGAAAGUCACGUGUUCAUUUGCACUACAAUGUACCGAGAAACGUUCGAAGAACAGGAAGCUUUACUUAGAUCAAUACAGCAAGUAGAUGAAGUGGAAGGUCGUCGACGUACUCGUCACUUUGAAUCUCAUAUAUUUUUUGACGGAGGCGCCACACGUACGCAUACGACAUACUUUGCAAACCAGUUGUUUAGUCUCUGUGAAAAUGUGCUUGGAAUUGAGCUAGGGAACGGAAAGAAAUGGGAAACGCCGUACGGAUUGCAAUUUUGCUGGACACUGAAAAAUGGCAUGCCGUUCUGCGUUCAUCUCAAAGAUCCCGCGAAAGUGAAGAAAAAGAAACGAUGGAGUCAGGUGAUGUACAUGUCCUACGUACUGAAACAUUGUCGACCUAACAAAGAAGACGACGACAAUACGUUUAUUCUUAUCACGGACGCCGACAUGGUUUUUGAUCGAGAAGCGAUCGAGAUUCUGAUUAAUCUACUUGCUCGAGACAAGCUAGUAGGCGGUGCUUGUGGUCGUGUGCACCCUAAUGGCAAUGGACCAAUAGUUUGGUAUCAAGCCUUCGACUAUGCUAUCGGAUUUUGGUUCAAAAAGGCAGCAGAGCACGUCCUCGGCUCGGUGAUGUGUUGUCCAGGAUGCUUUAGUGUUUUCAGAGCAAGCGCACUGAGAAAGGUCCUGCCCACGUUUUGCUCAGAGGUCGAGAAAGCUAAGGACUGUCUUAUCAAAGACAUGGGGGAGGAUCGGUGGUUGUGCAUGCUGAUGAUUCGAAAAGGCUGGAGACUGGAGUAUGCUGCUUUAGCCGACUGCUCCACUUUCUGUCCUGAAGAAUUUGAAGAACUCUUCAAACAACGUCGAAGGUGGACGCCGUCGACGCUAGCAAACUUAACCGAGCUUUGCAGUAGCGCAAAGGAAAUCGUUGUGAACAACGACGCCGUUUCCAUUUGUUACAUUAUUUACCAAGCGGCCAUUAUUGUCUCUACUCUCGUCGCACCAGGAACGGUUAUUCUCUUUAUGGCAGCUGGUAUUGCUUACGCAAUGAACAAUUUAGACGAAAACUCUUUGUCUACCUUCCUCGCCUUUCUCAUCGUAUUCAUACUAAUUUCAUUGGCGUUCGGAGCUAUCUGUUUCUUGUGCAAUAACGAAACCCAGCUGAUGGUUGCUAAGGUACUCAGUCUAGUAUUUGUCGUGAUCAUGUCGACUGUAACGAUCGGUGUAGCAGUUCAGAUUGUGCACGGCAUUGCCACUGCAUAUGGCCCUACUCCUACGCCGCCGUCGAAUCAAACAAUUUUGAAUUUGCAGGAACGCGACAGUCGCAGCGUUUUCGACAGAGUGGCGAUUAGUACAUUGUAUUUAGCUGGUCUAGCUAGCUUGUACGUUUCAGCGGCAGUCUUUCAUCCGCGAGAGUUUACAUGCUUGUUUUAUGGUGUCUGGUAUCUUUUCUGUCUUCCUUCUGGUUAUCUCUUUCUCAUGAUCUAUUCCAUAUGCAAUCUCCACGACGUCUCGUGGGGAACUCGUGAGGCAGCAAAUCAGAAGAACAAGGAAAAGACGUUGUGGAAUCUGUUGAGGUCAUUUGUAUACAAGGUGAGGGACAUUUGGGGUUGCUGCAAGUGCUGCUAUUACUGGCCGUCUACGACCGAUGAAACUUGCGGGAAGAAAAACAAACAAGAAAACCUUGACGGCCAAGAUGUUCAUACCAAUGGCCAUAUCUCAGAAACGAAUAAAGUAACUAUGAAAAAGUCACCACGUGCACAAGCUUCCACAAUGAAGCAACCAGACGAUCUAGAUAUCUACGAGGAAGAACAACCUCAUUCGAUUCGAUUUUUUCUUCAAAACUCAGGCCUACGAGGUGAAUCUUGGGUGAAACGUUUUACUGAAGCUGGCUAUGACGACGAUACUUUCUUCAUAAAGCCAGUAACCAAGAAGGAACUCUCUGAGAUUGGAGUCACUCAUUCGGGUCACGUUAAUGCAAUAUUGCGAGAAAUUGAUUCUUUACCACAAUUUAGUUUGCCACCUCGAGUCCCGGAAAAUGUUCGAGACUGGCUACAAGGUCUCAAUCUGGAGAAUUAUUUUGAAUUGUUUAGCGAGGCUGGAUAUGAUAGCGAUAAUGGCAUUGCGAGUCUGGUUGCUCUGAUUGAUGAGGAUGACGACAAAUGUUGCGAGAAGUCUCUGCAGGAGAUUGGAAUAAAGAAACCAGGCCACUUGAAAAAACUGGAAAUGGGGAUUAAAGCGAUUGCGUACCCCAGUGCUAAAGACAGAGGUAUAACAAAAGCAAAACUUGCAAUUGAUAAAAUGACGAUUGUUCAGCAGUGCGACGUAUCUAUUGAAGAAUGGCAAUUUUGGGCAAGCCUGAUUGAGAAAUAUCUUAAGCCAGACUCGCAACACUACAGCAAGAUGACAGGGAAGACUCUCAUUGAACAACUAACCCAGUUGCGAAACAACAUUGUAGUUGGGUUCCUUGUCAUCAACACAAUGUGGAUCAUUGUUAUCACAUUGCUGGGCUACCAUGCCAGACUUACCGUUUUGCGAACGAACGCACUCGGACUUGCGUUCCUCAUCGUGUACGGCUUCAUUUUCUGCAUCCAAUUUCUUUCUCUUAUAUGGCACCGUCUGAUCACCAUUAUUCAACUAGUGGCUCGAGGAGUCGAUAGUGGUACUCAGAAAAGCGUUUGUACAGAAGACAACGUUAGUGGUCAAGUGAUCAGAAGUGAGGACAUCGAGGCGUCGGUCAACUGUCAUGAUGGAGACUUAGUUGAUGGCGGAAUAUGCAACACAAGCAAGAGGGUAAGGGAGAGGCAAGACAAUAGGAAGUCGUCUGAAAGGCAACCGUUACUGAGUGCAUCCAACUGCAGCCAUCCUAAAUCAGAACACAGUUGAAUAAACGAGUAAUAGUAUUUGGAAGAUAGAAGCUGCGGUCUGGAAUCGAACCAACAAAAUAUUUGGCAAUUUUGUGAACGAGGAGUUAGUUUCAUUGGUUUUAUUGGUUUGUUUUUAAUUUAGGCUUGUUUUAUACAGUCUGUGUGUUUAUCUUUUUAUUGAGCACUAAAUACAUAACAUUCCAUUUUUCUAAUGCAUAUAAUAUAUUAUUUGAU